AUGGGGGACCUGCUGCUGGAGGGCAUGACUGACAAGAACUACCUCGUGGGGCUGCGCUGGCUAUCAGGGGUGGCACUGGGCUCAGGAGACACGAGGCCAAAGGCUCAGCGGCUGCGACAGCGCAUCGCGGAGGAAAUUGACCUUGACAUGCGUCGCACAUUUCCAGGUCAUCCCAGAGAGGCUGCUCUGCAAAUUGCGGCGCGUGAUAUACUGCGCAUGUUGUGUUGCGCCCGGAACAGGGACACGGGCUACACACAGGGCCUGAACUUCACUGCGGCUGUUCUUUGCUCGGUGAUGCCUCGGGAUGAUGCGUUCUGGUGCCUGGCUGCCUUGUCUGAGAACCUGGCAGGUCACUUCCUGAAAGGUGGCUCACUUCAAGGAGUUCUCGUGGACUCCGAUUGUACAGACUGGCUUGUCGGCGAGCUGGACGCCAAGCGAGCUGCAAAACUCCGCGCGUUGCGGGGCUACUCGCCGGCGCUGCUCUUCUCCAAGCCUUUGUGCACGCUUCUGGCAGGGUGUAUGCCAAUCGAUGCUGCCUUGCAGUGCUGGCAGGCGGUGCUGUCUGCCCCAUGCCCGCGGAUCCUGAUGCUGAGAAUACUGGCAGCUUUCGUACUUGAGGUGGACAUGAAGACCAUCCCCACCAACAACGGAGGGGCCUCCGAGGUGUCGGUUUUGCUCCAUUCGCUGCAGAAAUGUUUCCAAGGGACUUAUGAUGCCAAGACCUUGGUGGCUGCAGCAGAGUACAGUGCCCUCACAGUUCCCGACUCUGCCAUCAAGGAGCGCUUGGCCCACAAAAUGAUAAACUUCUGCUUGCGCAGCACACGCACCACGCGAAGGGAGGCGCUCCAGACAGCAGAGGAGCGUGUGCGGCGCCUUGCUGCUGAAUCUCGAGCGCGACGUAGCCGCAGUGCUGCAGUUCGCUUCAGACGGCAUGCUGGCUUGGCGGUGUCGCAGUUGCUUGGCAGGAUCCGGGAGAUGUGUGCAGAGGCUGGCGAUGAGCUCAUGAUGGAAGGUGAGUUCCUGUCUGAGCUGCAGGGGCCCUUCUCCUUGGGCUCUCAGGCUUUGGAGGGACCAGCGUCUGCCUUUCUCACUGCGGUGUUCCUGGACCUGGAUGCGGCAAAGACUGGCCAGGUCCUCCGGAAGCAUGCCUUGAUUUCGUUGGCACUGCUACUUGGAGAUUCCCUCAGUGACCGUGUGGCCACGCUGCUGAGUUUGCUGGGUCAGAACCUGGGGAGUGCGGAAGCGACGGAUGGAAUGGAUGGAGGAAGUAUCUCCCAAGCGGAGUUGGCAGCCUUGGUUCAUGCGAUUCAGGAGGAGAACAGUGAGAGCGCAUUAGCCAUCUCGGAGGACAUCGUGAAGGAUUGUGAUUUGGAUCAGAAAGCCUUCAUGAAUGCGCUACUGGCGUUGCCGCCGCUUGCGCUGGAAACCCUUUCUAUGGAUGCAACGCCGAAGGCCGACACCCAAAGUUCCUUCACCAGUGCUGGCACCUCUUUCGGGAGCCUGAUGGCACCCACUUGGGUCUGCAACAGCGGCCUGUACUGCCAGUCCUGCUCCAUCACCUUCACCUGUGUGCGCCGACGCCAUCACUGUCGAGCUUGCGGGCGGCUCCUCUGCAAUGCAUGCAGCCUGCAGCGCUUGCCUUUGUCAAUCCUGGGCUACCUGCAGCCUGUGCGAGUCUGUGACGAUUGCUGCAUAGUGCUCUGCCCAGGGCAAUCUUCCCCAAGGCAUGCAUAG